CGGAAAGUGAAACCGGGCACAGCCCCCAGUAUAAGACUCCCCCUACCCGGGAGAUGGCUGGCCAAAGAGGCUGGGCCCCGCCAUGGGCCAGACGGCAGGCGACCUUGGCUGGCGGCUCAGUCUUUUGCUGCUCUCCUUGCUCCUGGCUCGAGCUGGUGUAUGGGGAUUCCCAAGACCCCCAGGGAGGUCCCCCCUGAGCCUGCAGGAGUUGCAGAGGGAGUUCAAGGUCAGCCUGCACCUCGCCAGGAAGCUGCUCUCCGAGGUUCGGGCCCAGGCCCAUCGCUUUGCUGAAUCUCAUCUGCCAGGAGUGAGCCUGGACCUCCUGCCUCUGGGAGACCAGCUCCCUAACGUUUCUAUGACCUUCCAGGCCUGGCGUAGCCUCUCCGACCCAGAACGACUCUGCUUCCUCUCCAUGACACUUCGGCCAUUCCAUGCCCUUUUGGGAGGGCUGGGGAGCCAGGGGGGCUGGACCAGCUCAGAGAGGAUGCAGCUGUGGGCCAUGAGGCUGGAUCUCCGGGAUUUGCAGCGGCAUCUCCACUUCCAGGUGCUGGCUGCAGGAUUCAACCUCCCUGAGGAAGAGGAGAAUGAGAAGGGGAAGGAGCUGCUCACAGGAGCUCCAGGCAGCCCCUCACAGAUGUCAGUCCAGGUGUCCUGGCCCCAGCUCCUCUACACCUACCAGCUGCUGCACUCCUUGGAGCUUGUCUUGUCUCGGGCCGUGCGGGACUUGCUGCUGCUCUCCCAGGCUGGGAACCCAGCCCAGGCCUUGGGGUGCCCCACACCCAGCUCCCAGCCCUGAUGGAGUGAAGCCAUCCAUCCCCCUUCACUCUUUAGGACUUUAGGACUGGAGUCCGGGCCAACAGGACAGCCUCCAGCUCAUUUGCCUUAGAC